AGCUGGUGACGUCAUACAGGAAGGGGCAGAAGGGCGGCCGUGUGGGCAGGAGCUGGCGUUUCUUUGUUGAACGGUUUGCCCGGAAAUAUUGGACAUACUUUUGGUCAGAAGAUUUUUUAUAAGUCUCGGUGGUGAGAGAUGUGCGGCUUUGAUAAGGAACAGGGGCCUGGGAGGCUGAUGAAAAAGGGCCUAACGCUCAUCCUGGUUGGCCAUGUUAACUUCAUUCUUGGAGCUAUUGUUCAUGGAAGUGUUCUCCGACACAUUUCCAAACCUAACCAGCAUAUUAGCGCAGAAUACACUGUAGCCAACAUCAUCUCUGUGACCUCUGGUCUGCUGAGCAUUGCCUCUGGCAUCAUCGCGAUUGUUGUAUCAAGAAACCUUCAUGACUUAAAACUGCAAAUAGGUCUGUUGAUUUCCUCCUUCCUGAACGCGCUGCUCUCGGCGGCGUGCAGCAUUGGCCUCCUGUUGGCCAUCAGUGUCACUGUGGCUAACGAUGGGAGAUUUUUGAUGUUUGGAUGCAACGACACAGUGGUGCCCGUCAACGCCCGCUCGCCAAUCAAUCCCCAGUGUUCAUUUGAUACCACACGACUAUACGACACCACCCUGGCUCUGUGGAUCCCCUGCGCUGUGCUGUCAGCAGCUGAGGCUGGACUGUCCGUGUGGUGCUUCAUUGUGGCGCUGGCUCUCAGAGGGCUGGCCCCCUGUGGGAACAGCUACAUCAAAGAGCAGCUAAAGGAAGAGGCUGAGUUUUCUCCUCACAGCCGCCGCCUGAUUGAACAGCAUUUCAAUCCUGAAGCAUAAAGAAUUGCUGCUAAAUCCAAAAAUACUUGAGCAUAUUUUUUGUGUACAGAUGGAUAACUUUCCCUGUGGUCAGUGAGGUUAGUGCUACUUCAGUAAAUCGGCACACUCUUAGUUUGAUGUUGUUGUGGCACUAUAAUACCACUGUUUGUAGGACAUUUAGUUUGAUUCAAGGUAUUUUUACGUAGCAUCAAAAUCAAUGACCACAAAAGAGAAAAAACGUUUUUACAGUCCAUCCAUUCCAAACUUUUUUGUGCCACUAUAAAGACAAAUGUGUAAAUAUGUGCCUGAAUGUAACAGUGAUAUCUCAGAUAUCCUUUCAGUCAUCUGAUUUUUCACUUUAUGCAUUUAGUAUUAUUUUACUCUUUAUGGUAAGCAUAAUUUUUUAAAUGAAGAAAUAGUUGUUAAUGAAGAGAUUUUUUUACUACUUAUUAUGGAUUGAAGCAAUUUUAUAUAGGUCCUCACUUCAGCUGAAGCUACAAUGUUUGCUGUGUGUACCCAUUUUUAACCACUCCAUCGUGCCUGAGUUUUUCUAAAUUCACCUUUGAUGCCCAAAAAUGAUAUGGGGAGAAAUGUCCCAUUUUACAGUUCUGUAAUUUUCUGUAUGGUACCCAGUUGAAUUGUAUACAUUCAUACCAAGAUUUUUAUUUUUUGAUUGAGUGUUUAGCUAGAAACUUAAUCAGAUAUGCUGCACAGUAGUGCUUAAAGAUGCAGGUCAGAUAACUUUUGGUAUGUGCAUUCAUGAAGACUGCAUGACUGCAGUGAUGUGUUCAUUAUUUUCCUUUGCAGCUUGCUGCUGCUGGCAAGCUAUUGGUCUGCUGAACUUUCUCAGAUACAACUUUCCUUUAAUGCUUUAGGAACAAUUUUCAUCUAAAUUUUUAGCAUUGGAUUUGUGUAACAAUGUGUUGAAUUUUUGGAAAUGUUCUUCAGAGAAAAAAAUGGGUCUAGUAAGUGAAAUAAACUGAAGUAUGAUUCUUGA